AUGCCCAACCAAACCAACAUGGCCGAGUUCCUGCUCCUGGGCUUCUCUGACGUCCAGGAGCUGCAGAUUUUGCACUUUGUGCUGUUUCUGGUGAUAUAUCUGGUGGGCUUGGUGGGGAACCUUCUCAUCAUCACAGUCAUAGCCCUCGACCAUCGUCUGCACACCCCCAUGUACUUCUUUCUGGGGAACCUGUCCAUCCUAGACCUCAGCUCCAUCUCCGUCACCAUCCCCAAAUCCAUGGCCAACUCCCUCAUGGACACCAGAGUGAUUUCCUACCCUGCCUGUGUCGCCCAAGUCUUUCUAUUCAUGUUCUUUUGUUCAUCUGAUUUAGGCAUACUGACAAUCAUGGCCUAUGACCGGUAUGUGGCCAUCUGCCACCCGCUGCACUAUGAGAGAAUCAUGAACUGGAGAGCCUGUGUCCAUAUGGCCACCAGCACCUGGGUCACUAGUUUGCUCUACUCUGCCCUGCACACCGGGAACACGUUUGCCGUCUCCUUCUGUGGAGGCCACGUGGUGGAUCAGUUCUUCUGUGGUAUCCCCCAGCUCCUCAAACUGGCCUGCCCUGACUCCAACCGCAGUGAAAAUGGGGUUAUUAUCUUUAGUGCCUGCUUAGUCGUCAGUUGCUUUGUUUUUAUUGUUGUGUCGUACGUUCAUAUCUUCAGAGCGGUGCUGAGAAUCCCCUCGGAGCAAGGCCGGCACAAAGCCUUCUCCACCUGCCUCCCCCACAUCUCUGUGGUCUCUUUGUUUAUUUUAACUGGUGCCUUUGCCUACCUGAAACCCACCUCCAGCACCACAUCCCUCCUGGACCUCAUAGUAGACAUUUUCUAUUCUGUAGUGCCUCCUGUGCUGAACCCCGUCAUCUACAGCAUGAGGAACAAGGAGAUCAAAGCUGCCCUGCUGAAAUUGAUUGGAAGGAGGUUAUCCCUGGCACAGAAAAUGUCUGUGUUUCACCUCUGA